AUGGAUGGAACACCCAGUAAGAUCCCCUCCACUCAUACCUUCAUCAAGGGUCGUGACCAAAUUGAGAAAUUCUUGACGGAUAAAUGGAAUCGAGAACACGACUAUAAAUUGCGCAAGGAGCUUUUUGCUUUUGAUGACAAUAAGAUCGCCGUGCAGUUCUGGUAUGAGUUUCGCGAUGAUGAUGGUCAGUGGUGGCGAUGCUACGGACUUGAGGACUGGACUUUCGAUGAGAAUGGUCUGAUGAAGAAGAGGCAGAUGAGCGGAAACAAUGUCAAGAUCAGUGAAGAGGAUCGUUGGUUCAAGGACGGCGUUGACAUCAACACUGUCGAGAUUGGACCAGAGCACUGGUAG